GUGCUCCCCCGUGCUCCCCGUGCCCGCAGGGCUCAGGAAAACUAUGCCAUUUUUGGGUCAGGACUGGCGAUCACCUGGUUGGAGGUGGAUUAAAACCGAAGAUGGUUGGAAAAGAUGUGAAUCCUGCAGGCAAGAAGUCGAGAGCGAAAACCAGUGUAGCAACCUCAGUCACAAUCUCCUCUUAAACAGCGAAGAUGAAGAAAUAUUCAAUACCGAAGAGUGCGAAUAUGCUGCCAAAAAAAGGAAAAAAGAUCAUUUCGGAAGUAACACAAGCACCCAGUGUUUCUAUCGAGAAAAAUGGAUAUAUGUCCACAAAGAGAGCACCAGAGAAAGGCAUGGUUAUUGUACCUUGGGAGAAGCCUUCAAUCGCUUAGACUUUUCAAGUGCCAUUCAGGAUAUCCGGCGGUUCAACUACGUGGUGAAACUGCUGCAGCUAAUUGCUAAAUCCCAGUUAACUUCAUUGAGUGGCGCGGCCCAAAAAAACUACUUCCACAUUUUGGAUAAAAUUGUCCGAAAGGUCCUGGAGGACCAUCAAAAUCCUCGUCUCAUCAAGGAUCUUCUCCAAGAUCUGAGCUCUACGCUCUGUAUUCUCAUUAGAGGAGUAGGAAAAUCAGUCUUGGUGGGGAACAUCAAUAUUUGGAUUUGUCGUUUAGAAACCAUUCUUAAUUGGCAGCAACAGCUAAAAAAUCUUCAGAUGAACAAGCAUGUCAACAACGGCCUUACCCUUAGUGAUCUCCCCCUGCACAUGCUAAACAAUAUAUUCUAUCGGUUUUCUGAUGGCUGGGACAUUGUCACUUUGGGUCAAGUUACUCCGACGUUGUAUAUGCUCAGUGAAGACAGGCAGUUGUGGAAGAAGCUUUGUCAAUAUCAUUUUGCUGAUAAACAGUUCUGUAGGCACUUGAUCCUCUCCGAAAAGGGGCACAUCGAAUGGAAGCUGAUGUAUUUUGCUCUUCAGAAAUGCUACCCCAUCAAAGAGCAGUAUGGCGAUACUUUACAUUUCUGCAGACACUGCAGCAUCCUCUUUUGGAAGGACUACCACCUUGCUUUGUUGUUCAAGGACUCUGGACACCCAUGCACGGCCAGCGAUCCAGACAGCUGUUUCACACCGGUGUCUCCUCAGCACUUCAUCGAUCUCUUCCGAUUUUAACCACCCCGGGGACUCCGUUUAGUCGUCUUGGAAAAGAGACUGCGCUGUUUGCUCGUUGGGCAGUAUCUGGAGGCGAAUGUCGGCGGGGAAAGGAAUGUCGUGACGGGAGGGCGAGAACAUUCCUGCAGAAAUGUAUUUGCUGAAAAUAUAGGGGAAAAAAAAAAGACUGGUUUCAUAUUGAACAUUUUUUUGCCUUUUAAUAGAGGGAGGGCGGGUGGUUGGCUCGGGUGGAGAUGACCCAAACAAUGAAUUUCUUAUUUCUUAAAAAAUCCAGUGUUUUCUGAGCUUGUGACGAUAAUUGUGCCCUUCAACUUGGGCUAUUGCUGAGUCGACACUAUUGACCCCAGAGCAUGCUUGUAAAUAGUAAGUUAUGCUUUUUCUUAGUGGACUGUAACUGUUGAGAAGGGAAAACAAAAACUGACCUUGUAUUUUGUGUGUAUAUAUAUAUAUAUAUGUGUGUGUUAUGCCAAAUAUUUAUUUUUCUUAAAAUGUAUUCUAUUGCUCUAGGACACCUUAAG